UUGUGUUUCCUUCUGUCCAGUCUGCGUAGGGAGGGCUACACAAUGCAGGUGAACGUCAACGACUACCUGGAUAUCUACUGCCCCCACUACAACGACAGCCAGCGCAUGGUGGGCACCGGAGAGCAGUACGUCCUCUACAUGGUCAGUUACCGUGGCUACAGGAAUUGCGACCCGCAGCUGGGCUUCAAGAGGUGGGAGUGCAACCGGCCCCACGCCCCGCACGCGCCCAUCAAGUUCUCCGAGAAGUUCCAGCGAUACAGCGCCUUCUCGCUGGGCUACGAGUUCCACGUCGGCCAGGAGUAUUACUACAUCUCGACGCCCACUCAUCACCAUGGACGCAGCUGUCUCAGACUACGGGUGUACGUCUGCUGCUCCACCAGUGGUAGGUCGCCCGCUGUGUGUGAGCAGCCCCGGGCUUUGAAGGGCCUCACCUCCACCGCCCUGCUCUCCUUUUCUCUUUGCUCCCCUUUCAACCCUCCUCCAUCGCUUCGUGUCAGAAUCCAUUUAUUGCCGUGUGCGGUCAGUGGUCUAACGCAAUUUCCUCUCUGUCUCUUUUUAGCUUCUGCUGUUGAUGAUGAUUCAGAGCCCACAGAACCAGACUACACGCUGAGACCAGGCCUAAAAAUUGAUGAUAUCGGCCCGAGGAAACGCAGCGAGGUGGCCAGCGCCCUGACCCUCGGCCGCUUCUCCGAUGAAUUUAACCCUUUCGUUCCCAAGCUGGAGAAGAGCGUCAGCGGAAGCAGUCCAUCCAGGGAUCGCCUUCUCCUCACCGUGACGAUGCUCUUUCUGGCCGCUCUCUUCAUCUCCUAG